AAAUCAUAGUGUAGCUUACACCUGCGUAAGUUAAUUAUAUGUCUUUAGUUCUGACAUUAGUUUUUUUUUUUUUUUUUGGCAAUUAUUUCAGUUGACGAGGAGAGAAAGGAGUCUAAGAGAAAUAGUAUAGAUGAGAAAAAGAUAUGUAGGAUGAAACUCCUCUCCAAUGGAGAAGAUUCUUGCUUGUCGCUUAGAAUCCAGCCAGCAAAGAUGCUUAACACUUGAUGAAAUUGUGGACCAUCUUCUCACCAUUUACCCUGAAUACAGGCAUAUUAGGCUGCAGCCGUUUACCAGGAAGAUACAACAAGCUCUAGAUUCCUCGGAAUCAUUACAACAGCAAAGUACUAGAAAGAUAGAAAAGCCUUCCCCUUCUAUUAUAAAUCUGGAUGAUGAUGAUGAUGAUGAUGAUGAUGAUGAUGAUGAUGAUGAUGAAGUCGAUACAACUCCCUCGAAGAAAAAGCCAAGGAGAAUUUAUCAAAGUGGAGAGAAUUUGCAGCGUCUAGAAAAGUUACACGUCAAAUGGAAACAGCUUGAGCAUGACCAUCCAUCAAUGUUAUUCGAGUCACAGCCCAAGUCUUUGUCGCUGUUAUCAUCAUUUGAUGAAGAAGAAGAUGGAGCUGUUUCAACUUCAGAAGAUGCAAUUUAUGGUGAGAAAGUGGGGGCUCAGUAUGAUCUAACGAAGUCAAUUCUACGAGCAACUUACGCAGAAUGCAACAACUUAAAAUCAAGCUGGGAGAAAAAAAAUGCAGAGGUGGAGACUGCUAGGAGUAAGGUGAAUAAGAUUAGGGUUGAUUUGAGUAACAGAGAUGGAGGUGUGAAGAGGGUGGCUGUUGAAGUUAGAAAGGACAUAAACAGCUCAGUUUCUGAUGGUGUUAAUAGCAUGGAGGUGAAGGGAGAGGAGGGAUCAAGGUUUGGAGACCUAGGGGGCAUUAAGGGAGUGCUAGAGGAGUUGAAGAAGAAAGUUAUAGUGCCACUUUACCAUCCGCACUUGCUACGGUUGUUGAGUGAGAAACUAAUGGCUGGGAUUUUGCUGCAUAAGCCACCUCAUUGUAUUGAUGCCUUCAGCUUUCAAAUAUUUUUCUGAGUUGUGCAGUCAAGAGAUAAAGAUUCAAGUUUUGAGAGCUUUGAUUCUAGACCAGGUUAUGUUUUAGUAAUUGGAGCUAUCAAUAGGCCUGAUGCUGUUGACCCUGCUCUAAGAAGGCCUGGAAGGUUUGAUAGUGAGAUUUUUCUAGGAGUUAUUGAUGAAAUUGCAAGGGUUGCGAUCCUUUCUUUGCUUACACGCAAUCUUAAACUUGAAGGUUCCUUUGAUCUUCUCAAAAUGGCUAGGGCUACACUAGGUUUUGUUGGGGCUGAUUUAGAAGCCCUUGCAAAUGAGGCUGGAAACCAUGGUUGCCUGAGGAAAUGGAAAAGUUUACCAUCAUUAAGGCUAACUUUGAGGUAAUUUGUAAUUUGACUUUCUCUUUUUGUUUAUAGCUAGGCAACCUAAUUCGUAUGUGUUGCUUAAUGUAGGUUUCAGGAAAAUUAUUUGAAUGUCUAUCUCAAAAUUUUAGUUUUGUUUGUUUUCAAUUAUAUUUAUAUUGGUGUACUAGCUUAACACAAUGGUGCCUAUUGCCUUUCAUGUUUUUAUUACUUGCAAAAAGUAGCAAAAUUGGUUCAACCUUCAUCAAGAAGAUUCCUAAUGUUUGCUAUUCAAAAGAAAAACACCUAAAUUUC